GGUCCCUCGACCAACACCCCUCCCCUCCCCUCCGCUUCACAACCAUGCUCUCCCGAAUACUGCGCUUCGUGCCUUUAGUGGCGCUUCUCAUCCUCCUCCUCAGCACCUUUUACUAUCUCUAUCGUGCCAUUCACGUCGACACCCAUCCUGAUCUCGACCUUGGCCUUGAGACCGCCACCACCACCGACCUCAAAACCCUCCCCGACAGCACCGUUAGCCAGAUUGUCGCCGACACCCACCAUGAGAUAACAUCCAACUCGACCCCGGAAGGCCGAUACUUCCGCAUCGACUUCCGCUCCCGACGCGGUAUCAACCCCAGCAUCAUCCCGCACCCUUCCAAACCCAACACCUGGAUCAUCACCGCGCAGCUUCAUGAACCCGGUCGUCGCGAAAAAGACAGCGCCUGGUUCGUCGAACUUGUCUGUGAUGCCGUCUUUCAAGACAAAGGUCGCACUCUCCGCUGUAUCGACUAUCCGUUUAUCCUCCCCAUUGCCGCAACCGAGGGCAACAACGCCCUCUGCUCCGGCAGCCUCGCCUUCUUCGCCCUCAGCAUCGGUCCUCAUGAUGCCCGCGUCUUCUACGGCCCAGACGCCCCGUACACCAUCUACGGCUCGAAUUCCGCCGUAACCUGCUUUGGCCAGUGGAUUCUCGACUUCAGACUGCUAGUCGACUGGCCUGCCUCCGACACCAUCACAGACUAUGGCUUCCGUCGCGCCACAGAACUCCAGCGCCCUACAACGGCCCCGUACUUUGCCGUUGAAAAGAACUGGUUCCUCUUCUGGGACCGAGCCGGCAACGCCUAUGUUCACUACGAUGUGGCACCCACAAGAGCCUUCGCUGCUUUGACCCUAGACGGAUCCGUUGGCGCAGACCUCGCUCCAGCAGCAGCGAGCGCAGAUGCAGCCUGUCUUCAGAAAUACCUACCGCAUAUGCAAGACCCUGACCACGAAUCCAUCCACCAAGCCACGAACUCCCUAGCAGUGACGCUGUGUAUGCGUGCAGACCCGAACUGCCAACCGGAUGACUCGAACACAGUCAUCUUAACCAUAUUCCAGCAUAAGCGAUUUGUGGGAUUCCAUAGUAGCUACGAACCGUACGUCAUGCUGUUCUGGCAAAGGGCGCCGUUUGAGAUCUACGGGAUUUCGGAUAAGCCUUUGUGGAUUCACGGACGGGGAAUGAUGGACGAGGGGAAUCAGACGGAGAUGAUGUAUGUGACGUCAAUCGGGUGGAAAACUGCUGGGCAGAAGUAUCAUGGGUAUCUUGAUGAUGUGAUGUUCUUAGCGUUUGGGAUAGAAGAUGCGGAUACGGCGGGGGUGGAUGUGGUUGCGGGGGAUUUGGUGGCUGGGGUGGGGAGGUGUUGAUCUCUUAUCUUACUCAGAUCACAUUAUAGAAUGGGGGAGGGUAGAUUGCGAUGUGAUGUGCUAUGAUGGCAUUUCUUAUGAUUACUAUGUUGAAUGUGAUAUUGUACGAUAACAAGCUCCCCCCCCCCUUCCAUUUCCAUCUUCCCUCGGUAACACAAUUUAUCGUGUGAUCAGAC